AUGAGCUAUCCCAAAAAUCGCACACGCGUCUUUCCCUCGGAGAUGCUGGCCUCGGUGGCUGCAGAGGCGUCGGAUAUUCUCUUCCCAAUUGCCAUUGCGAACAUGAGUGCUUCCGCAGGCGAGAUAGCCACCCGACUUCGCUAUAUCGGCGGGGAUUUGUUGACACAGGGGCUUUAUCAGCUUCCCCCAGAUAUCCAAACCUUUUGCCUCCAGGCUCUCCAGGAUCUUUUGAAAAUCUGCAAGUGGCCCGUACUGUCAACUGCUGCGAGUCGCUUGCAUUCGAGUGAAAGCCCCCAGGAGCUACGCGAUGCCCUCAUUCAGCUAUGCAAAAAAGAAGAGUUCAGAGAUGGAGUGCAGAGAUCAAUCACCAAGUUCUGCAAGGAGCGGGCCGAUACUAUGAAGCCUUACCAGUUACGCUUCGUCCAGCUUUCCGACAAACUCUCGAAAAAUGCCCAAGAAAUCGACGGCAGUGCCAAUGAUGCCGGGCCGUAUCUUCAUCUCCGUCCUUUUGGGCGGGAUGUGUAUCCCGACGACGUCCACAAGCUGCUUCUUCACGGAAUGACGAGACUUGCAACGUGUGCGCAACAAUACCACAAUGCGCCGGCUCUCAGUGAUUUCACAGGAGCUGAUUGGCAUCCAACUAGGCUCUGCCUCAAUUCUGGAUUUCGAUCAGAAGACAAGCGGGCGCUCUUCAACAUUAUAACCGCAACCUCGGAAAUGGUGUACUGGCAGGAAAUGGGCGUCACUGUCCCCAUAAAAGAUGCCAAACAUGGCAAGAGGUUUCCCUUCGACUUCGAUUCUUCUAAAUUGUCUUUCGUGGGGUACGGUGAUGUUUGCAAGCGUCUCGAGAAUCCUAACUAUGCCAAAGUGUAUCUCGAUGUAGGUGAAGAUUGUCAGCUCUAUGAACGGCCAGAUCCCGGGGGACUUCAGCAUAUCAUAACAGGCUGUGGCGUUAAGCUUUCUGAACUAUUAAGCUUGAGCGAACUCACAGUCGAGCACAAGAUCAAGCUUUCUUACACCGUCGCUCGAGCCUUCUGGCAGUUUUACAAUUCAGAACUAAUGAAUGCAAGGUGGACAAGCGAGGACAUCGUCUUCAUCCCACUCAAUAAGGAAUUCUCACCAGAGGAAGGGAUUCCUCUGAGGGCCUUCGUUUCGUUUCCCUUCGGCCAUAGAUACAGGAAAUCGCCAGAAGAAUGCUACGAUAAAGACCAAUUCACUCAUCGAUAUCCUAGAAUACUGUAUCUAGGCAUUAUUCUCUUGGAGAUCGGGCUUGGCCAGGCACUCAGACUGGAGCACAACCCAAAACUCAGCCUCCUUGCACACAUAAACACGGCCCAUGCCAAAGCCAAGAUGAAGUUGAAGGAGCUGAAUGAUGCUGAAUGGGAUGGUUUCAGGUGGAAGGAAUAUUUCGUCGAAGCCGUCAGAAACUGUUUUGACUCUGCGAAUUUCAAAGAGAACCCAAAGCCACAAAACCCCGGACGACGAGGGGAUUCGGAGGGUGCCGACAAGGACGCCAAGGCUUCGGCCUUUCUCGAACGAAGAGACGCCCUGUACCAAAAGGUUGUUGCCCCCUUGUUUUGGUUAGCUACGACGGGGUUCGAAGACUCGGAAGAAGUGCCACUGGUACCCAUUCGGAGCAAGAUACGCCGCCGAUCAACACUUGUGAAAAAUGGACAUGAGGAACUGCAAACCUUUUGGAAUGAAGUACACGCCCACCCCUCGUUCAUGUCCGGUAGUUCAAUCAACACCGAGGGAUUUCUUGAAGAUCUUCAAGUAAUAGCGGGGCAUAUAGCACGCUGUCGGCGGCUGGCCAAGACGACGAAACCAAUCCGCGUCGCGAUUCUGGAUACUGGGUGUCACAAAGGCCUGCGCUUUUUUCAAAACCCCCAAAGAAUUAUGAGGCUCAAGGGCUGGAAGGACUUCACCUCUGCAGGCUCGGAAACUGAGAUUGACACAUUCGGCCACGGAACAUUCAUGGCACGACUACUAAUGCAUGUUGCGCCGAUAAUUGAUGUCUAUGUGGUUCGCGUGGCAGAGAAUGCAGAAGACCUGGAAACCCACGAAAAUGAAAUUGCCAAGGCCAUCGAGUUCGCGGGGUUGGACCCAGAUUGGAAGGUCGACAUCAUUUCCAUGUCGUUUGGCUUCCCCAACAAGCCCGGGGUAAAACACGUCGUCAUUUCGGAUGCUAUUGAGAAAAUCAAGAAGGAUCGCAAUGAUUCCGUACUAUUUCUCGCGAGCGCCGGAAACUCUUGGGAGAGGAGAGUCGAUUUCCCCGCCAGCCACCAAGACGUCAUACCCAUCUACGCCGCCGAUGCCACAGGAGCUUUCCUACGUUCGAAUCCAGCCCACACAGGCAAAGGGUCUGCAAAGCUCGGUACUUAUGGCACAGAUAUCCCGACCUCCAUCAUUGAGGAAGUACAGGAAUUUUUGCCCACGGCGCAUCUCGGCGCCGGCACAUCGAUCGCCACAGCGAUCGCCGCUGGGGUCGUCGCUAUGAUGCUCUCGUACAUCCAAGCACUUCCGGCACUCCUCAAACUCCGGGGAUUUCAUGAGGUCUGUGCCAAGCUCUACACGAAAAGAGGGAUGGAAAAUAUGCUACAUGCCAUGUCUUUGACGACUGGCUACCGGCAACAGUUUAUUAACCCGAUACACUUCUGGGGGGAGAAGAAGAAGGACGUGGAGGUCUUUAUUUCCGUCUGCAGCGCGGUUGAGAAGAUGAAUAACGAAGCAUGA